AUGUUGAACAAUUUUACUAAAAAUAAAACAGGCUUUUUGCUACUACUCAUACAUUUAGUAGAUCUAACACAAUCCCAACGACAAUGCAUUUCUAUGAAUUAUCAAAUUCUCUCCGAACGUCAUGUAAUCAAUAUAACCUCUCCGAAUUAUCCAAAUGCCUACCAGCCGGGCUCAAAUUGUCGACAUCGUGUAACGGCUCCCAGAGAUCAUGUGGUUAUUUUAACCUGCUACUUCGAAGUGGUUCCCAAUAACUGUGAUUCUGAAUAUUUUUUCCUAUCACUGGAUGGUGAUUUACAAUUUCGUGAUGCUCAGCGUUUUUGUCGUAAUACUCAAAUCACUAGAAUUUCAAACUUCCGUUCCAUCGCUUUGGCUUAUUCUUCAUCACGCUCAAAUACUCGUUUACGUGGUCGUUUUAAUUGUCAAGCUCGCGCCAGAAGAGCACCCUGUAAUUGUGGUUGGUCAAUGGGGACACGCAUAGCUAACGGUCAGGAAACUUUACGCAAUGAAUUUCCCUCAAUGGUGGCAUUGAGAGAUAUUACAUCUCCUCAAAGGGUAUUUUGUGGAGGCAAUAUAAUUAGUCCUCGUCAUAUUAUAACGGCUGCCCACUGUACUCGUGCCCAUCCGGAUUCGAAUACUAUAAUGGCAUAUGUGGGAGAUCAUGAUUUGUCAGUUGGUUCGUAA